AUGGAGGACGCGGUUCAAACACCUUCAAACGAUAUCCCCUUACCAUUAACACUGCUCCAGCUUCUCUCCAAUACGCUUGUUCUGAGCCAAACAACACCGUACCUACCGCCUUCCAGCCUCCUCGCACUUGGCGCAACUUGCAAGGCUUUCCAAUCUCUUGUUAAGAAUACAUCGAGUGUCUUCAGACAUCUUGACCUGACAAGUGUCAAGUCUGCGCAGUUCGAGUUACCUGCGAUCGAUCAUGGUGGCGAGGUGUGGAGGAAUGUACAGCUAGAUGAAAACGUGACAGAAGACGACUUUUAUGGUGGCCCUCUACAAGGCAUAUUUAAUACUCUUCGCCGGCGGCAGAUCCUCCAACAUGUCCAAACCCUUAUCCUCGACGGCCUAUCAGUGACUUCGGAUCUGCUGUCGGAUAUAAUCAUCCAAGAUCACUUCAAUGUGCGGAUACUGUCUGUACGAGAUGUCCAGAAUCUGAACGAGAGGAAGCUCCAGCAGGCCUUGCUCUAUGCUGUCAGGCCUUCUCGUCCAGAGAAUACCCCAAAGCUCCGAGGGCUGUAUAUAUUCGGGCCAAAGGACGCCGCGCUUCCUCCUCGCUACCCACAACUUGCGGACGACCGUCAUCGACUUAUGGUGCCGAGUGAUUUCUGGUCUUCGGAUGGUGGGGUGGUGUUUAGUCCUGGAGCGCAGAUAGGAGCUCAAUGGAACCAGAAGUCUGGCGAUACACUCGCGGAUGAAUUGGCAUCUGGGGCUGAUAAAUGGUAUCAGGCUGGUGGAAAGGUCUUGAGCAAGCCUCCCUCACUUGAGUGGGCAAACACCAUGUAUGCAUGCCAGGGAAUCAUCAGUUUUGAUGCCGUUCUCUGCAAUGGGCCGCGCCACUCCUCACUCGGUAGAGAUGAUGGAAAGUCGCCUAGUCCAUGGUAUCAAAGCUCCGGUGCCCAUCUUUCUUCUCGUGUGGCCACCCAUUCGGUUGGGGGCUGCGCUGGCUGCAAGAAAGGACCCGAGAGUAUCGCGAGGUUCAAUCAAGCACCGCUGGGACGAUUCCCGCUACUUGCUCCUCCACCUCUUCAUUCAUCGACUUUGAAGGCUGCAAAGAUGCCGUUCCCUGGAUUCGAAGAUAAGCUGUUGCUGAGAUGCGCAGAUUGUCUUCGAAGUCGAUUCUGCGAGAACUGUCACAAGUGGUGGUGUGAAGAUUGCUACGAGAUUUCAGAUCAAGGCGGUUUCUUCGUUCCAGGCCCGGCUUCAUCGCUGGGAGCUGCUGAAUCUGUAAUUUCGGGGAAGCGCCCCGACCAAAAUGUCAAGCCCGGAGUCUUUCGAAGUUGCUUCGAAUGCGGUCAGAACUGCGAUUCGUGUAUCGCGCGAACCCAGAGAAUGUGCAAGAUAUGUGGAGGCGGAUAUUGCACGAUCCACAACGAAGGAUCAACACUUUCCACUGCAGGUCGCCACGCAAUCAACGGAUGUAGAUGCUGA